AAAUGAUUUAGCUCCGUUUAAAAAGCGGACAAAACUAAUUUACUAAUAAUAUCUUAGUUGAAAAAACUAAAUAAUUAUUAAUCCGAAUUUUAAAACGACACCAACACUCAGAACCGUCGCAAUGCAUUCGGUAUUGUUGCUUAGGAAAUGUAAGAAAAUGCUCAAAUGCGGCAAACCGUUCGCUGUGGACACGGUCAGAUUUUUUGGCAAUAACACUUUCAGAGUGAGUACAGCUGAACACCAGUUUUGUCAAAACACAACCAACAACCGCCUAACAUCGUCAUCGUUGGUGCCGUCAAAUCGUCUCUAUUGCAAAGAUUACAGGCCGUUUCCACAAGUGCCAGAGUUUCCGCCAAUUAUUUGGCCCAGUCUGUUCAAGACAGUCGGCAGUUGGCUGUACUCGUAUUUGGUCGUCAGAUCUCAGUACGACAACACUUUCAACCUGGUGGAUUUCUCAAACAAUUCCAAAAAGGCUGUCGCAGUCGUCUCUCACAGUAUCGCCCAACGAGACUUUGACUCUCUCGAAGGACUGGUGACCAAAGACGUAUUGGAACAAGUGAAAUCGAUCGUGAGCAAUCUCAACGAUGACGAAAUCAAAGACAUGGCUUUCGACGCGCAAGACAUGUAUUUUUAUUUCCCGUAUCAAGUAGAAGUGGUAAACGACAAAAACAUCAAGAACAGACGUUUCAUUGAAGUCACUAUGUGUUACCACGCUAUCCACAAUUUGGAAGAAGUCAAGAAACGCGUCGAAGACGUAGAAAAUAUACAAAAAGAAUUACGAAGCAGUAUAUACGUAUUAAAUUACAGAUUUAUUAGAGAAUAUACAGAGGGCGUGAAAGACGCGUGGACGGUGAACGCUAUAAACCAUUUAAAGGCCGAAGAACACGACAAGAGUAUAAUAUAGUCCAACUUGAUAAGACGUAAUAUCAUCUCUCGAGUAAUAAAUAAUUAAUAUUGUGCGGUGGUGCGCAACUGUCGAGACAUUUUUUUACAGUACAAUUACCUUUUGUUUUUUUAAAUAUAUAAACUGUAACUAUUAUAA